AGACAGCAAGCUCUGAUAAGCAUCCCGGAGCAUACAGUCCGGCUGCAAGGAGCCGCUAUUGGUUGGGCCAGCAAGGAGAAGUCCAGCAAGAAACAUGUGAUCGAGUUGAAGACCAAAGACGGCUCCGAGUAUCUGAUUCAUCACGACUCCGAGACCAUCACCAGCGAUUGGUUCCAUUCAAUCAAUAAAUGUAUUGGCAAAAAUGUCCGAAUACCUUCUGAGAACACGUCCGAGAAUGAGACGGAUCCGCUCCGGGAAUUUGGCUCCACAGAGAAGUUAGGACCAAAAGAUGAGAAGAGAGGACAGAGCAGUGACAGCAAUGUGCGAGCCAAGCUGCGGAAGUUCCUGCAGAGGAGACCCACGCUGCAAUCUCUCCGGGAGAAGGGAUACAUUCGCGAUCAAGUGUUCGGCUGUCCCCUCCCCCAUCUGUGUGAGCGAGAGAACAGGAGCGUGCCGCACUUUGUCAGCAACGCCAUCCAAGCUGUGGAGAAAAGGG